AUGUCCUUCACAGAUGUCCGCAAUGUACACGUCAAAGGAAGCAUAACGGUGUGCACUGACAGGACUCUAUCCUCAGACAAGUUUCUCACCUGCGGUACGGAUGGGACAAUAUACGUUUGGGAUGAAAAGACGAUAACGGAAAGAGAAGCUGCUGAAAUCAAAACCGUUGGGGACGCAACACAUAGUUGCUGUGCGUGGAACGGUGGCAACGUGUUUGUUGGUCUCACAACAACCGACCUGCUGACUGGUGUCGAUAAGAAGAUUGUUGGGCAGUGCUCUCUGAAUGAUCUCGAGUCGUGCAGGCAGCUGUUUACAUUUUCACUGGAGGUUACUAGCAUUGAUGCUAGUGAGAACUAUGUUGUGGCGGGAGGGAGUGAUUUCACCGUGAAGAAAGUCAGUUUGAAAGACAGCGGUCAGUACGACAGAAUCGACACGAACGGUGAAGUCCUUUCAGUGUCAGUUGAUCCUAAGGAGGAGGUAUAUGCUGUGGCAUGCUGUGAUGGAUCCGUCAGUGUUUUUGACAUUGCAAGCAAUCAGAAGCUUUGUUCGUUAGAUCACAUGUUCACACCAUUUGGAGACAUUGGAGCAGAAAAUCCUCGUCAUACGCUAACAUGGUCCAAAGAUGGUUCGCAAUUAUUUGUUCCCUCACAAGGAUGUAUCAAAGUGGUCAUGAGAGAUGGCUGGGAAUGCAGUAACAAUAGCUUGAAGUCUCCAGGAACAUCCACGGAUGUCUUCUCAACUUCAUGUCUGUCAAAAUGUGGCCGUUAUCUGUGUGCUUCUACACUCUCCAACAAAAUUGUUAUUUGGAAUGUUUUCGACAGAUCUGUUUUGUCACAGUCCGUGUAUAACAAAAGAGGUGAAAGGGCGAUCAUAUCAAGCACAAAGUUUUGUCCUUUCAGUGAAAGAGACAUCAUUCUGGUUGACAUAGAGGAGGGACUCUGUAUGUUGAAGAAUGCUAUUCCUCCAUCUACUCAUGUUAAUGCGUCUCCGAGUAAGCCCAUUGAAACGGCAGAAAAUGACGACUUUGAGGACGAAGACGACGAUGCAAGUAAAUCUGGAACAGGAGGGUUCAUUGAUAAUGAAGCUGAAGACGAUGGCGAUACUAAGAUGUCUGUGGAUAUUGGGGCUAUAAAGAGGAAAUAUGGAUUUGGCGACGAUGCGUCAGGAAAUCUUGAGGAUUAUGGAUUUACGGUUUCAGAGGAGGCUCCGAGUAAGGGCCACUUUCCUACAGCCCACGAUCCCGCAAACCUUGCUCCUGUUGCCCCACCUCCUCAAGUCAUUUCCUAUGAACCUCCGACGAUUCCCUCUUUCUUCGUGUCAGGGGCAUCUCCUGAUCACCUCAGCCAGCGCUACUUGAAAUGGAAUGCCUACGGAAUUGUGCGGACUUAUUCUGGAGAGGAGGGGAGCAGCAUAGAGAUAACAUUUCAUGACGCUACAAUCCACCCUACAAUUGUCCUGGACAAUGGAGUAACAAAUUAUGUGCUAGCGGAUCUUUCUGAUCAAGCCGUUGCGUUGGCAAGCAAGGCUGAAGAAAAGGGUGAACUUAGUGAAUUGCUUGUGAUUCAUAUUGCGUCCUGGGAUAGUGAGUCAAAGCGAUGGAGCACCAGACUUCCCUCGAAAGAGAAUGCGUUGGACGUUCUGGUAUCACGAGAACUGAUUUGUGUAGUUACAUCAAGGCGGCAUCUGAGAGUUUUCACCUUGACCGGCAUACAACGCCAUGUUAUCACUCAUCCAAGUUUGGGUCCGAUUCUGACGACGACCUGCUUUGCCAGUCGGAUCGCCAUUUGUUCCAUAUCAGGAGGCGAUUAUUACGAGAAGGAAAAGAAAAGUCAACGCCCAAAUUACCAAGUGGUGCGCUUAAAAAGCCAGUUGAUUCGGUUUGUAGUUAAAUUGUAUGUUAGCAGCACUGUUUACUGUGUAAUAAAUGUGGACAAUAAGCAAUGGCACCGUAACGUUGGCACAGGGGUCACUCAUGUGGAUUUGCCUGUCGCCAAAAAGGAGCACCUAUGCUGGCUCGGAUACACUAAGUCAUGGACAGCUUGCGUCUAUGGACAGUUCAUGUUAGUUUGCUCUGCUGCUCUUUUUUCAUUCGUGGCCAAGCAUAGCGAUGCGUUCACUGAAAAUGUCUGUGGCCAGUUAAUUGCUUCUUCUUAUGGCUUUUCUGGCAAUUAUCGGCAAUAUAUGGUAAACCUCCUGACGCCGUCUGGUUUCUGGGUUCCAAUAUUCGAUGGAAGCGCGGAAACUACGAGCAAAUCCGAUGCUGUUUGGCCAAUCGCGAUUGUUGAUGGACGACAGCGUCAAAUUAGGUAUCUUUACUGCAAGGGUAGCAGGUAUCCUCUAGUUGCCGUGAAAAUGGCACCACUCAUCGCUCCAUGGGCGCUUCCCUACUGCGCACCGGACUCGGACAAGUCGAAACUAGAGCAAGAGCUCUUCCUCAACGAGCUGCAGCAAAGCGAAGCUCGCUCUACUGGAACAUCAUCUGAUCUUGUGGAACUGGCUUCGAGUCAUCUUCAGUCUCUCAUAAAACUGUUUGCUUUGGCAUGCAAAAGUGAAAGAGAUGGGCGAGCUGCUGAGUUGGCUAGUCUGGUCACCUCUGCGAAAGGCAUACAAAUGAUGUGCAACUAUGCUGCAAAACUUAAAAAAUCCACUCUCGCUGAUAAGGUAGCCGCUAAAGGACGUGAGAACGUAUCAUUGAAUGAGUCAGUGUUUUCUGAUUCCUACCAUGCUCCCUCUGAACAAAGUCCAACUCCCCGACGAAUCUCAAUCAAGAGGAAGAGUGGUGUGGUUCAACAGCAUCCGAUCUCGGUGGAAAAUGGUGAGAUAGCGGCACCGGCAUUGUUCGAAUCCGAAUUUGAUGAAGAAGAAGAAGAGACUAAGGUCGAUUAUCAGAUGCCUAGUAACAGUCAACAAACCGACGACUCGCUCCUUAACGAGACGCUUAUCCCCGCACGAAAGAUUUCGCGCAAUCCUUUCAAG